AUGUACAGGGCCCUCACAGUGAGCGCACAAGAAGUGGAAGAUGUUGAAAGCAAAGAGGAUGUUGUGGCAGAGUUUGACGAAGUGACUGAGGAAGAUGACGUUGGAGAUGGAGAUGAAGAGGGAGAAGUGCAAGAAACUGAUACAGAAGGAGAGGCUGGUGAAGAGGUAGAGGAGGUGGGUGAAGAAGCAGAGGAUGAUAAUACUGAGCAAGCUGUACAGAAAGAAGGCGUAGAGGAGGAAGAGGAGGUUGAGGAAGAAGAGGAGGGCGCUGAAACACAGGAGGAAGCAGAAACUGAAGAGGAAGAACAGUCACAAGAGGAGAAGUUCAGAGGAAGAGGAGAGGCAGACGAGGGGGAGGAACAAGAUGAUGCAAAGGAUGAUGAAGAGAUGGAGGAUGAAGAUGCUGAUGAAGGAAGAGAGGAAGAAGUAACUGCAGAACAGGAGGAUACAGCUGAGGAUGAUGAGGAUGAGGAGGAAGAGGGAGAUGAGGAGGAAGAGGGAGAUGAAGAGGACGCUGAACAUGAAAGUGAAGAAGAAAUGGUAGAGGAAGAAGCAGAAGAGGAGGAAGAAGAGGAAGAGGAAGAAGAGGAUGAAGUGGUUGAAACUGCAGAUGAAGCUGAAGAAGAGGAAGAUGAUGCCACAGAGGAAGAGGAGGAGGCUGAAGCAGAAACUGAAGAUGAUUUUGAGGUUAAAGACGUGGACGCCGCAGCAGAGGGACUGGACUUCCAAUCAGGCUCAAUAUGUAAUGUUUGUACUAUUUGUGAAUACUGCGCAGCUAACUGUGGCCAUUGCCCCUGUGAAGAUGGGGAUGAGUCAGAGCCUUGUCAGCAGUGUCAAGAAUGCACAUCCUGCUACAUCUGUCCCUUGUUUUGUGAUACAAUCUGCUCUCCAGGUGGCUUUGUAGAUGAGAUGUCAGGCUCCCUGUUUCAGACGGUCGCUUCUUAUUUUUGAACAAUAUGGAGUCAAAGAAGGAUUGAUCCACUUGCAGUCUUCAUCUCUGGAGAAAGCAAAACAGCAUUAUAGGAAUCUUUAAAUUGAAUUUGAUUAGGAUGUUUUUGUUUUUGUACAGUAUUUUCUGAAAAAAACAUUAUUUCUUGUUUGUUUCUGUUUUACGUAACUUUGUGCAUAUUUUCUGCUUGGCCCUACUGGAUGUUUACACCCCAAACACCACG